UUCAGUCUCGCCAGGAGUCAGUCAAGUGGAAACAAAACGUGUACAUCAAAGAUAAGCAAAUAGUGUGUUGGUACAGAGGUUACAUACAGGUGUAAAGUGAACAACUUCAGAGUGAUUGACAGUUUACUUUCGAAUUCGUUUGGAAACAUGAAGAAAACAUUUGUGUUAAUUAACUUGUUCAGCUUUCUGUUGUUACUUCAAUACUGCUUGGCCUAUAAAACGUAUCAAGAUAGCAUACCUAAUGGUAAUAAAGUGGCUCACCCCUGCAUAGCGAGUGCGUUAUGGGAAGGUGUCGGACAUAAGAAUCUUAACGGAGGCGGUGAACGAAACCCAUUUGGUCUAGAUUUUGCUAAUGCUGGCCAUGAGUGGACCAAAGAGCUGUGUGCUGCAGACUCGGACGGCGACGGAAAAACCAACGGUGAAGAGCUCGGUGACCCUUCCUGCGUGUGGUCAGCUGGUGGAGUACCAUCGCGUACAACGGACAUCUCACAUCCAGGUGUUUGCCAACCAAUGGACGAUGCUAAAUGUACAGGCAAAAAUAGUUUCGUAUCUUGUGUCUCCAACAGUUUUCAAGACAGCUGUGACGUCAUUAAAAAUACAGGUAUCGAGACGGUGGACGUGAAGCUGACUAAACACACAUUGCCAGCGGCGGACACCACGUAUAUGUGUAUGUCCUUCAACCUCCCCAAGGACCAAGAUUACCACAUCGUAGCUGACGAGCCACUCAUUGACAACGCCUACGUGGUCCACCACAUGAUGCUGUACGGCUGUGACGACUCAAUCACUGACUUCAUCGCCAGCCCAACGGAGUGUGAAAUGAGCAAAUGUACAUCUAUCAUAGGCGGAUGGUCGGUGGGUGAAACUGGCGAGUGCUAUGAUGGGACGGUUGGAUUUAGAAUCGGUCCGAAUGGAUUUAAGAAAGCCAUACUCGAGAUUCACUACGACAAUCCAAAGCUAGUGUCCACUUACCAGGACUCGAGUGGACUGCGUUUGUACUACCAACCAGCCAGCGACACGGUCAAGGACAUGUUCACUAUGCUGACUGGGCAGACGAUGUUAGUUCUACCUCCAGGUCAGUCAAGAAUUGAGAAAGUCGGAACUUGUCCAAGUUCUUGUACAUCCACUUUAUUCAAAGAGAAGGUCUAUCUUAAUAGCGCCACCAACCACAUGCAUUUAAUAGGCAGAUCAAUGAAGAUCGAUCUCAUGAGGAACGGAGCUUUUGUGAAACACUUGACCAAUGAGGAAACUUUUGACUACAACACACCCAAUACAUUUGACUUUGAUCCACCAAUCGAAGUGCUCCCAGGGGAUGAGAUCAUCACUACCUGUGUAUACAACAGUGCCACAUCAAAACAUUACGUCUACUAUGGUGACGGUACCUCGGAUGAAAUGUGCUACGGUUAUCUGACAAUGUUCCCCAAGAGUGCUCUUAAGUCGACACAACAAAACUGUGUGUCGGUGUCCACACUGUCAGCAUGUGAACUGGCUCAAGGUGUCGCUUAUAACGGAUGUGAUUGGAAGACGCUCAUCAAAGCCAACAACACAGAGGUCAUGAAAAUUAAACAAGACCUGGAAAAUACUUGUGACGUGACAAAAGUUUGCAGUUCACAGUGUCAAGAAACUGUCCAGAAAAUCUCAAACACUUGUUUCCAAGGACAGACGGCUUCAUUUGCCAAAAGUUUAGACUCUGUCUCUCCAGAGGUUUACGACGUCAGCAAAAUAGUUGAAAAAUGUCAAGAGAAUGGCAGCAACAGAAUCAGCAUUAAUACUAGAUCUAAUUACGUCCCUUUGUUGCUAUGUAUGGCAGCUGUAGUAAAGAAAAUUGUGCUUUGAAUGAUUGAGAACACAGUAGAAGCUUGUUUAACUUGUUGAUUUGUACAUUGUGUAUGCAUGUAAUUUAUAACCUAUACUUCAUCUAUCUAUUUUUGUCAGUUC